AUGAAGACCUUUACUCUUUGGUUGGUAGUAAUUACCCAAUUGGUCUCGGUCUGCUUUGCCGUUCCAGGAAAUCCUUCUUACGUCAUCGGCAGGUUUAAGUCGUCUUCCAGAUACGUUUUCUUGAAGCGUGACAACGACAACUUUGACUAUGGAGCUGUGGUUCAACAUUUCAACACCUGCCACCGGUACAAGUUUCUGAUCGAUAAGAUUGUCGUCACCACGACAGACGGCGGAAGUGACUAUCCUGCUCGUGGACAUCUUGUGGCUGGCGGACUUAACAGCUUCUUCUUCGGACUUAGACUUACCGGUGCAGGUACAACUUUCUAUGCUGUCGAAGUCUGGGUCACCUGGCAGGAGAAGGCAAGGACAGUUACUCAGGACACCAUGGUGUCGUUCAGGCUAUUCCAUCCUUGUGCUCACCCAGCAUCGGAGGAUGAGUAA